CGAAAAAAGGGCCGUAAAAACAAAAGCAAUCCACAGCCAGCCACGCGCCGGAGAGCGAGAUUUCACGGCGAAAAUUCAUGCAAAAGCCGCUCCCUUGAACCCGCCCUCCACCACUCCCCGCCCCGCACUCCCUUCUCCCCCUUAAAGAAAGCCAAACAAACUCCGCUCCCCCGCAUUUUCUUUUCUCUCUUCCCAAUCACCGGUUCUAAUUUUCUCGGGGAAAUUGAGAGGCGAAGGAAGGGAAAAUGGCUCUUGGCCGUGCAAGUGCAACCAGACGUCUGGGCACCCAUCCAGUCGGCCACAUUCUGGAGCGAGUCGUCUACAUCCUGAUCGGAGUCGGCAUCGCCGUCGCGUUCUUCAGCAUGAUUCCCUCGUCGCCACCGACCUCCGUCAGGAUCGAGAACCGGUUUCGACCGGCCGAGCCGACCCCGGUCCCUCGCCGGGUCACGUAUGAAGCCCACAGCUGGGUCGGAUACGCCAAUGCAGGAGGGAAGGUGCUGCUGGGAGUGAAGAGGAAGAGCCUUCGGAUAGUGGUGACGGGGGGGGCGGGCUUCGUGGGUAGCCACCUGGUGGACCGCCUGAUGGCACGAGGGGACAGCGUGAUCGUGAUCGACAAUUUCUUCACGGGUCGGAAGGACAACCUGGUGCACCACAUGGGCAACCCCAGGUUCGAGCUCAUCCGCCACGACGUCGUCGAGCCCAUCCUCUUGGAGGUCGACCAGAUCUACCAUCUCGCCUGCCCCGCCUCCCCUGUUCACUACAAGUUCAACCCCGUCAAGACCAUUAAGACAAAUGUGGUGGGAACGCUCAACAUGCUUGGGCUGGCGAAGCGCGUCGGUGCGCGGUUUUUGCUAACCAGCACCAGCGAGGUGUACGGUGACCCGCUGGAGCACCCUCAGUCCGAGACCUACUGGGGCAACGUCAACCCCAUUGGUGUUCGGAGCUGCUACGACGAGGGGAAGCGCACGGCGGAGACGUUGACAAUGGACUACCACAGAGGACUGGGCAUUGAGGCGAGGAUUGCGAGGAUAUUUAACACGUACGGGCCCAGAAUGUGCAUAGACGACGGGCGAGUGGUUAGCAAUUUUGUGGCACAGGCACUGAGAAAGGAGCCCAUGACAGUCUACGGAGAUGGCAAGCAAACCAGGAGCUUCCAAUACGUUUCCGACUUGGUCGAGGGCUUGAUGAGGUUGAUGGAGGGAGAGCACGUGGGCCCUUUCAAUCUUGGCAACCCUGGCGAAUUCACCAUGCUCGAACUUGCCCAGGUGGUGCAGGAGACGAUCGAUCCAAACGCCAAGAUAGAGUUCAGGCCGAACACGGAGGACGACCCCCACAAGAGAAAGCCAGACAUCUCCAAGGCCAAGGAGCUCCUUAGCUGGGAGCCCACCAUCUCCCUCCGCCAGGGUCUCCCCCUCAUGGUUUCCGACUUCCGGCAGCGCAUUUUCGGUGACCAGAAGGGAGGUGGUGCCGCCAGAUCCUCCUUGGCUUAAUUAUUAUAUAUCAGCCCACCAAAUUAAACAGAUAGAGAGUAGGCAUAUAUAUAUAUAUAUAUAAUAAGUACUGAUUUGAAAGUCGAAGCUAGCUAGAUUUAGUAUUAUAAUAAGUACCGAUUUGAAAGUCGAAGCUAGAUUUAGUAUUCUCUCUCUCUUACCUCAUAAAAUAAUGUUCCAAUAUAGAAGCAAGAAUCGGAAGGAAGAAGAGAUGUUUUGUGUAGAGUUGGAUCCAUUAUUUUUCCAUUUAUGUAUUGUUGUCUCUUCUAACUUGCAUUAUGUUAUGUAAUUUUGUUUCAUCUUUCAUCAGAAUAAGAUCAGCCAUAACACGCCAUUGAUAGGGCCUCCAACCCUACAGUGAUUAUUUGUCUUCACUGUG